UCGUCCUACUUCAGAAUGGACCCAGAAUUGAAUAGGAGGCACAGACAGAUGAACACAUGGGUCCUGGCCAAGCUGUGGUUGGUAAUAAAAUUCCAAGAGAUCGAUACAUACAAUCUCAGGGGAUUCCUUUUCAUCAAAAUGUAGAAAACAACAACAUUCCAGUUUUGCCUUUUACUGUGUCUUCUACCUUGGACCAAACUCCAAGAAACUGCCAGAGAAGCUGCUUAAAAUUAACUUAAACACCAAAAAGAAAACAAAAAUGGACUUUCACUCUGAUCUAAAAACAUUAUUUUAUAUUAACUACCAAUUAUUAGUAUUGCCUAUAAACUUGGUUCACUUCAUCUGAUUUAUUAUCUCUUGAUUUCCAUAUUAUUUCACUGUUACAUUUUUUUUCUUGAUUAUCCAUGGAGCAUCAAAAAUCAGAGGUGGAUGCAUCAGAAGUUGAAAACGGCAGCAGUGACUUUAAGGUUCAUGUGUUCUCAUCAUCUUCAGAGUUGCUUGAAAGGCUACAUGAGAAGUGGAGUGCAGUGAAAAAACAACCAUACCCAGCAAUGUUUUCCAGUGUAUAUGGUGGAAUUAUUCUUGAUCCAGCAAUGAUGGUAAUUCCCAUAGAUGAUCACAUGGUCCAUCGAGGGCAUGGUGUGUUUGAUACAUCUAUCAUUUUUGAUGGAUAUCUAUAUGAGCUAGAUGUCCAUUUGGAUCGUUUUCUACGAUCAGCAUCAAAAGCAAGGAUAACUUCUCCUUUCCCUCGCUCAACUCUUCGAAGCAUUCUUCUUCAGAUGACAGCAGCAUCAAAAUGCAAGAAAGGAACUCUAAGAUUUUGGUUAAGUGCAGGCCCUGGAGAUUUCUUACUCUCACCUGCAAAAUGCCCAACUUCUGCAUUCUAUGCUGUAGUCAUUGACGAUGACUUCUGUCAGCACAAAGAAGGUGUUAAAGUGAUAACAUCUACAAUCCCAAUAAAGUCACCUCUGUUUGCAACAAUGAAAAAUGUGAACUAUCUCCCCAAUGUCCUUGCGAUAAUGGAAGCUGAAGACAAAGGAGCUUUUGCUUCUAUCUGGGUUGAUGAUGAAGGCUAUAUUGCCGAGGGCCCGAAUGUGAAUGUUGCUUUCAUAAACCAUGAUAAAGAGCUCAUUCUGCCUUCGUUUGACAAGAUCCUUAGUGGUUGCACUGCAUUAAGGCUUCUUCAAUUAGCACCUAAACUGAUUGCGCAAGGGCGAUUAAAAUGCAUUAAAACCAGUAACCUUACUGUGGAGGAGGCUAAAGGGGCAGCUGAAAUUAUGUAUGUUGGAAGUACACUCCCUCUGUUGCCAAUUAUAAUGUGGGAUGAACAACCCAUAGGAGACAGUAAGGUGGGAGAGUUGACAAUGGCACUCUCUGAUCUGCUUUGGGAUGAUAUGGUUGCAGGCACUGGAAUGCAGAGGGUACCUGUUCAUUACGAGUAACAGGCUGAACAUUGGUUUAAUAAACAUUAACUUUAGCUUUCUCUUUGCCAUUGAUCUUUUGGUGUCAACUGGUUGAAGAACUUGUGUUGUGUACGAUUGUUUAUGCAAUAAAACAAUUAGAGCUUCCCUU